ACAAGAAGGCAUUUUGCAAUUUGUUGCCGUUAUUAAAAGCAACAAAAAUGCAUCCAGUUGCAGAUGAACGGGUGCGGCAUGUGUACAUUAAGAAGAGGAGCAAGCGGAAAGGCAAAAGGCCGCAAAGAUACAAAUUGAAUUCAAAAUACAAGAAUAACUCUGAGCUGCUUACCAAUUUGCGAAUGCUGAGUAACGAGGAAUCGAAUCACAGUCAACAGUUGGCCAGGGCACGCUCGAAGAGAGCUAUGCUCCGAGUACUACGCAAGUAUAGAAACUGGUUACUUAAUUGGAAUAAACAGAUCAAGGUGCAGCAGCAGAUAAUCCAGGAGUUGUACAAGGAGGAGCAAAACUGUGAUGGGCGGCUGCGACAUUUGCGCAAUAAGCUGAGAAUAUUGCCCAAACGUCGCAAAAUACUCAAAAGAUGUUUUCGAAACGUUAAUCUGAUGCUGGAAAAAUCAAAUAUGUUUAAAGGCUCCAGUGAACAGGAGCAGCUAAAGAUGAAUGCAUUAAAAGCAGAAGCAAGACAGAUUUGGAUGUAUCUAAAGCAAAGGAAAAACAAAAAGUUGGGGCUAAGGAAAAUUGAUGAAGAUAUAAGCCAAUUUUCAAACUUUUGGAAAUCCGAAGUGGUGCGAAAAGGCAAAAAUCAUAAUGUAGAUCAAAGUAAACAUGCAUACGAAUCAAUAUUUGAACAUAACGAAAUGGAUAGGAGAAAAAAGAGUGAAAAGCUCUUAAAAAAUAAGCAUCAUGCCACUAAAAAAAGACUGUCUGCAACUGAGCUAGCUGAAGCAGAGACUGAAAAUUUACUAAAACCCUAUGGCAGUGAAAAUUCCAAAUCCAAAUCCAAUCCAAAGCCAAAUCCAGAAAUGCACGAUGAGCAUAAAUCGACAGCUAAGAAAUAUUUUGGUUUUCAGUUCAGAUCACGAAUAACGCAUCCAAGUCAAGGGCAUGUCAAAGAGAAGAAUCGAGAUGAUACACCGACUCCACCUAUUGAAAUUCCGCAAAAUGAACCCGUGGGUGCGGCUCUCAUGAACAUAUUGGGAAACGAACGGCACGAGGAAUAUUAUCCUGUACAGUUUUUGCUCAGGUAUGUUAUACGUGAAUCUAGCAUAUUGGACAAACUGGAGGACAAGAGUACUAUUGUCGAUACAAUGCGGAAGCAUUAUAUGUGGAAAAUUUUAAAUGGUGUCUAUCGGGAUCUACAAACUUUCGGCAUAUCCAAAGACGACAUUUUGAAGGAACUUGGAGACCUCUAUGUAAAAUAUACAGAAGAUAUAUUUAAUGAAGCUAUACGAAAUGGCGCGUUAACACGUCACCGUGGAGACUUGGGAGAAUCGUCUGUCAUCACCCCACAUGAUCAGAUGAGCGACGAAUCUCUCGAGAACUUCCUAGAACCAACUAGACGUUCGCGCGCGAUAUCCCUGCGGGAGCAGAGUUCGUUAUCCACUGAGGCAAGUCCAAAAUCCCUCAAAAAUUCAGUAACUUCUCUGCCACUGAGAGACGUGAUGAACUUCAAGGAUCGCUACUCGUCGAAGCAUCUGCUGCAAAUGCGUCUUGCUAUUGAGAAGUAUUUCCAGAGUCAGCAGAAAUCACAGCUGUUGUUGCAGCUCGAGGAGCGAAAGAAGCGAGCAAACGAUGAAAGUAAGGCGACUCAAGCAAAACCAAAGAAGCCAAAUCGGAAAGUCAACAUUGCACGCUUGUUUUAUGCCCCGCGUCGCACCUGUCGCCAACGUCAGGUGGAUGAGGCGAUCAAACCGCGUGAUUCACAACAGGAGACGCAGGAGCGCUGCAUGCGUUGUGGCACUGUAUUGCCAGCGCUGCAGCCUUGUGUCGCCUGCAGCCUGUCAAAUUGCUUGAUAUCAGAUUGUGUGAAAAAUAAGCAAAUGUCAAAUAUCAACUCGGAUGUUUUCCAUGACCAGCAGGCAACUUUGUGCUCCAAGUUGGUCGCUGCAGCAGCUUCAAUUCAACAAGCAGCUUGUGCGCAGUCAGAAUGAAUGGCGAAUUUGUCAAGCGGCCGUCAGGAGUUGCUCAGUCUGAUCAACCAACUUGCAGUGUUGCAAGUGCUGCAAAACGUUGAAAACAAAAAGCACAUUUAGCGUAGCUUCACUUGCAAUACUACAUGAUUGGGUUGGAAGUUACACUUGCCACAAGAUGCUGUCAAAUCAGCCAACAACUUGGCUACUUUUUCUGUAACCGUACCAUGGAAAACAUAUCUUCUUUUUUUUUUGGAAAGACUUAAUUCUUAAAAGUAUAUAAGAUAAACGAA